AGACCGAAGACUGUUUACCACCACUAAAAGGAGGAGCAAUAGCUGUAUCAGACAGUGGUUUUGUAUGAGGAUCGCUCAAGACGGUCGAGACGCGAACAGAACGAUGCAUUGGAUGAACUAGCCUCUGCGGUGUACUGUGGGGCCUCCUUCGUCACAGAGACAGCGUCCGGCGGUUGCUUAAAUCCAUUUUACUUCGUGAAGUUGUCCUGCGAGUAUUAGAGUGAAUGUGAUUUAACUUCAGACCUUUAGCGAGAGAUACAGAUAAAGCAGAUAAACGUUCAAUAUUGACACGACUAGACGAAAUGAGGAACCUCUUCGUAAUCCUCGCUCUUGCAGGAGUGGCUUCUCUGGGCCUCGCAGACCUGGUCCGAAAGUCAAUUGUCUUUGAUCAAGACACCCCGAAGGUUUUCUACUGUCCACAGGAAAAACCGCGAAAGCUGGACAAACUCGUUGUUAAGGCGCGUCCCAUCGAAAAGUUGUGCGAGUUCAAAGGAAGGUCGCUACCCAAAGGCUACCAAAGCGACUGCUACAACGACGUUGACGAGAGCGAAUACGCUUGUCAAGAAAAGAAACGUAUCAUGAAACGUAUCGCGAAACUGGAGGAAGCGAAGGCCGAAGCUGAGGCUCCACCGGCUCAUCGACAAGCUAAACACAAGAAGGUUACGGGAAAAAAAUCUAAAUAUCAACGGGGUUAUUGAGCUGUUGAAAACGAGUAUUUUCAUAUAUAAACCUCAGGCUGCCCUCCAUUACCCAAUAAACAGAUUACAUAUCUUAAGGUAUUCCGGCCAAAAAAAGGAAAUGAUAAAAAUAAGCCGAACACGUACGCAGGAUGCAGUCUGUUUUCUCUGAAUACCGUUAUUUUUUUACUGAAACAAGGUUUAUUAAUUGCCUAGAGGCAAACAGAACAGCGUAUUCAGUUGGCGUCAUACAACUUCUCAGACACCUUAACGCUUAGAUGUAUUUAAGCGUUACGUGCUUUACUUAGUUUCAGCCGUGUGUAGAUACAAACGUUUAACUUUAUUAUGCACAGUCUUGUUAUACACCCUAUUAUAGAACUAACAUGCGUAAAUUUUGAAAAUAGAUAGAUUGUCCGGCUUCAAUUCAGCUAUAUUUCACAAGAAAGGACGCGUCGGUUUGAAACAAAAAUCUCAAAAAAAUAUAUUGAACACGCUACCCAUAAAUCCGCUAUGAGACUGCCAUACAAUGACAUAGUUAGUAAUAUGCGGUGCGCAUGUUACCCUAUUUAUUAUAAGCGAACAAAUGCUUUUAAAGGAAAGAGGAUAGAAUUAUGCCAGUAACUGUACAUGUUCAUACUCUAUGCAAAUGAUUUUUUUUUAAAUCUCCGAUAUCUUGUUUUUCCCCGUUUUACUGCUAAUCCAGCAAAUGUAUUCUGUCGUUAAGAUAAUAAAAAAAAAAAACACCGAAAUAAUAUGAUUAAAUAAAUCGUCAACAUUUAUA